AUGGCAUCACAUAAUCACAAUAGGAACGGGCUUUCGCUAUUUUCAUUCAAGCUGGGAUCUAACGGGUCGAGUAAGUCGUCGGUGAAGGGCGGUGAGAGCACGUCGCCCACUAACCGAUCGAUUGAGAACCAUCAGUUGUCGUCGCCGGUGAAUUCGCCUAUGUUGAUGGGUGAUGAGACCAGCGACGUGGUCAGCGAGGCCAACAGCGAUAUCUUUGAGCGCUCGGUCCAAGAUUCGUGCACAGACCUCCACCUGACCCACUCACAGCCCAAAUGUAACCGUUGCACCACCAACAGGUCUAGGAGCUGUACUCACAACUCUUCGCUCUCGUUGCAGGGUGGGUUGAAGAACGAGGAUUUCAUUCCGCCGGCCAUCGAUGCCACCACGUCCAUUUUGAGUGACGAGGACAUGAACCUAGACGACGUCGAGAUGGUGUAUUCUAACAGAAGAAACUCGUCGGUCAUCGGCCUCAACAUGGCUCUCGGUAGACCAUUUGGCAGCUCCAGAAAAAGCUCGACCUACUCACUCCAGCUGAGCCAGCCUCAGGCGGCACAACAGACACAGUCUCCCAUUUCUCCUCCAAAAUUGACGUCUUCCAAGUCUUCGUUGAGCUUCUACUCGUAUGCUGACAUGAUCAGCAACGAGGAAAUGCAAAGAAGACCUUCGUUCAAACAAUCAUAUUCAUAUUCCCAAAAUUCUUUCCCCCUUAAGAAAAAAUCGCAUGUUGGCUCGAUUCCUCCUCCUUACAAGAAAUCGGGUCAAUCUUUGUUGUCGAAAGAGUUAUCGGCAAAAAACCCCUCUACUACUGCAUCACCCAACCAAUCAUUUUCCAACCAGAAUUUUUUAAUUCUGCCUGAAUCGUCGGAUUCGGAACAUGAGAACUAUUUCCAGGGUAAACGUAAGUCAAUCUCAUCUAACAUAUCUUCGAACUCGAAGCCAAAUAACUUGAGGUUCGAUAAUGAUAAUGAAAGUUUAGUUUCAAGCUCGGUCGGUGAUUGUUUAAGACAAUCCACCACCGAAAUUAACGGUAAUUAA